AUGAAGAUCAUCACCAAAGAAGAGGAGCAAGCGCACUACCAGCAGGUCCUCACGGGAGGCCUCAUCGGCGGCUCCGUCGGCCUGACCAUCGGCGUUGGCGGCGUCGUGUUUGCAACGAGACGGUACCCGGCCUUCCGCAUGCUCACGCUGCCCUUGCGCGCCUUCCUCAUCACUUCGGCCGGCACCUUUGGCGCCAUCGUCAACGCCGAUCGCUACUCGACCUCCUUCCAGAAGGCCCAGAACCCCAUGAGCUUCUACCAGGAUAGCUCCAAGCGCGCGCAGGAGAUUGCCCGCGAGAACGAGACCAACUACCAGCGCUUCAUGGAGUGGGGGCGUGAGAACCGCUACAGCAUCGUCUUCGCCUCGUGGCUCACCAGUAUGGCCGUCGCCUUUGCCGUCGUGGGCCGCGCCCCCAUCAGCACCGCCCAGAAGCUCGUCCAGGCACGCGUGUACGCCCAGGGUCUCACACUGGCCGUUCUUAUCAUUUCGGCCGCCUUCGAGGCAAACGACGCCAAGACGGGCAACAGCCGCUUCCAGACAGUCAAGGUCCUAGACCCUAGUGACCCCGAGCACAAGAGGCUCAUCGAGAAGAAGGUCCACAAGGAGGAGUACGAGGGCCAAGACCUCUGGAAGGAUAUGGUCGAGGCAGAGGAGCACCGAAUCCAGGCCAAGAAGGCGCAAGAUGCUCCGAGGAACAAGUCUUAA